GAGCAAGCGUCUGUCUCCUGCUAUCGUCGCUGUCCACUAACCUCCUCAAGAAUGGGCUCCAACAAACCCCGUGGACUUCAGGCUGCGCGCAAAUUGCGCAACGACCGACGUGAAAACCGUUGGGCCGACAAAUCCUACAAGAAGCGCGCCCUCGGUAACUUCUACAAGACUUCCCCCACUGGAGGUUCAUCACACGCCAAGGGCAUCGUCCUUGAGAAAGUCGGUGUUGAGGCCAAGCAGCCCAACUCUGCUAUCCGCAAGUGUGUUCGUGUCCAACUGAUCAAGAACGGAAAGAAGGUCACCGCUUUCGUCCCCAACGAUGGUUGCUUAAACUUCGUCGAUGAGAACGAUGAAGUCCUCAUCUCUGGUUUCGGUCGUAGCGGAAAGGCCAAGGGUGAUAUUCCCGGUGUCCGUUUCAAGGUCGUCAAGGUGUCCGGCGUCGGUCUCCUUGCCUUGUGGAAGGAGAAGAAGGAGAAGCCUCGAUCAUAAUUUAUUCGGCCCAUUCUCCUUGAUGUUAUUCGUCGAGUCCAUUCUGCUAUCUUUCAUGUGAUCAUGCUGUACCCAAUAUGCCGCACCGCUACCCAAUGACAUGUAGGCUUCAUCCCC